AUGAAACAGCGAAAUAUUCUAGUGACUAUUGGCGAGGAGGAUUCGGUAACUGCAACACCAAUAGUUAAAAUAUGGGAUCUUGAUAAACAAGAUAAAUCAAAAGGAGCACCAACAUGUAUACGAAUCAUUAAAUUAGAAUAUAACAAAAAACCGUUUCCUGUGUCAACUUUUGCUGUUUUGGAAAAUAUGACUCAAAUUGCGAUAGGGUUGACAAAUGGCAUGGUUAUUUGGAUUAAGGGUGAUUUAUUGAGGGAUCGGUAUAAUAAACAAAAGAUUAUUCAUGAGAAUGAAGAACCUAUAACAGGCAGAGAAGAAAGGAAUACUAUCCUUUUUAUUGUGACGACUAACAAAGUGAUGACAUAUAAUACCUCGGGGCGAUACCCUGUGACCAUUAUUGAUGGUGAACAAGGUUGUGGCUUAGGUUGCGCUAUAAUGAGCGAUACAACACAUGAUAUGGUUAUAGCUAGAGAUGAAGCUAUUUAUUUCUAUACGCCUGAUGGUCGUGGUGCUUGUUUUGUAUAUGAAGGCACAAAGACAUCCGUUAUCUGGUUUAAAUACUAUCUUAUUAUUGUUUCACCGCCGGUCUCGCAACCGACGCGUCUUACCGCGUCAACGCGUUCAGCUUUAUCUCUUGGCAUAAAUAAUAAUACCACUCCAAAAUCAACGCCUCCUGCUUAUGAACUUACCAAAGUCACUAUAUUUGACACUGUUAAUAAAUUCAUUGCUUAUGUUGGUAAUUUCUCCCAAGGCGUUCGCACAAUAACAUACGAAUGGGGCGCUAUUUAUAUCCUAGGGAUGGAUGGAAAGCUUUAUCGUCUAGAGGAAAAAGAUACCCCGACAAAACUCGAAUUCCUUUUUAAAAAAAAUUUAUAUCAACUCGCUAUCAAUCUCGCUCAUAGUCAAAAAUACGAUGAUACUAGUAUUUCAGAAAUAUUUAAGAAAUAUGGUGAUCACUUAUACAAUUCUAAAGCGGAUUACGAUGCUGCCAUGGCCCAAUAUAUUCGUACAAUAGGUCAGCUUGAACCAUCUUAUGUAAUUCGCAAGUUUCUGGAUGCGCAACGAAUUCAUAACCUCGUGAAUUAUCUUCAAGAACUUCAUUCGCAUGGUCUUGCCAAUGCAGAUCAUACAACAUUAUUAAUUAACUGUUAUACUAAAUUAAAAGAUGUGGCGAGGUUGGAUCAAUUUAUAAAGACAGACAGUGAUGAACUUAAGUUUGAUCUCGAGACUGCAAUAAAAGUCUGCCGUCAAGCUGGUUAUUACGAGCAUGCCGUGUAUUUGGCUAAAAAACAUAGAGAGCAUGACUUAUAUUUAAAAAUACAAAUUGAAGAUGUACAUGAUUAUGAAAAUGCUUUAGAGUAUAUUCGUCAACUAGGACCGUUUGAGGCGGAUCGAAAUUUAAUAAAAUAUGGCAAGGUGCUUUUGAAUCAUCUCGCGCAACCUACGACUACUCUGUUGAUAGAUCUUUGCACGGGAAACCUCUUCAUGCCUAGUCAACCACCUAAUGAUACAGAAACAUUGCCGCCAGCUGUUACAGUUACUCCUUAUUCGCAAGGUCUUCCUUUUUUGCCAUUCUCAACUGCAGCAGAAGCACCCAUUCCGCAAGUAGUAUCUCCCCCUCCUUCGUCCAAAGAAAAGGCUGUCCCAGCUUAUAAACCUCCAUCAGUGCGCGUUUUCAUGUCAUUAUUUGUCGAUCAACCCAAUUAUCUAAUACAAUUUCUCGAACAAGUCUCGGAAAAAAGAUGGGGUGGAUUCGGAGUUUCACGUAAACCCAUAGAAUCAAAGUCGUCAGGUUCUCAAAAAGAGGUGGAUACCGGGUCGCGUGUUUCAAAGGACGGUCAGGAGAAUAACACUAUUGAAGUGGAAGAGAAGAAGGCUGUCUGGAAUACGCUAUUAGAAUUGUAUUUGUCUGAAGCGUAUCUCCCUCCGGUGGUAAAUAUGAAAGACACAAAGGGAAGAAAAAACGGUGCCCCUGGUUCUUUUUCUGUGGGUACAGUAACUGAAAGGGUGAAAGAACGAUUGGUGCGCAAGGAUAAGGCAUUAAAGCUAUUGAAAGAGGAAGAGAUCGAAUACGAUACAAAUCAUGCCCUUGUACUUUGUCAUUUGGCUCAAUUUGACGAAGGAAUUGUGUUUCUUUAUGAGAAAUUAAGGAUGUUCGAAGAUAUUUUGAGGUUCUAUAUGGCCAAAGACAAUACUGAAAAAGUGAUACAAGCCUUAAAGAAAUAUGGGCCGCAAGACCAAUCAUUGUAUCCGUUGACUUUGGCCUAUUUUUCAUCUUCGCCAACAACUCUCGCCUCGUCUACCUCCGAACUCUUACAAAUUCUAGACUACAUAGAUUCACAUAAUCUACUUCCACCCUUACAAGUCGUUCAAGCGUUAAGUCGUAAUUCGGUAGCCACCCUAGAUAUGGUCAAAGGAUAUAUGGGACGACGCAUUGAAAUAGAACGUAAAGAGUGCGAAGCGGAUCGUAAAUUGAUAGCAAGUUAUCGCGAAGAGACGGAGAAAAGGAGAAAAGAAAUCGAAGAAUUGAAGACUUCUGCUCGCAUAUUCCAAGUCACGAAAUGCACUCUAUGUAAUACAAAUCUUGAUUUACCGGCAGUUCAUUUUCUUUGCCGGCAUUCAUAUCAUCAAAGGUAA